AUAUCUGAACGCAGGCUUCUGAGAUAAAUAUAGCUCUCACAGUACCUGUAGCACUGUCUCAGCUUUACUGAGGAGGGAAAUGGGUUCCCUGCAGCUUCUCCUGCUUCUCUCCUUCUGCAUCGGUGUUCUCGGGUCUCUAGAACUUGAUGGGUUCCUUGCCAACGGCAACUUCGAGAUCAGCCCAAGGCAGGACAAGCUCAACAAGACGGUCAUCCAGGGAAAGCACUCCCUCCCACACUGGACCAUCCACGGCCUGGUGCAGUACGUUUCCGGCGGGCCGCAGCCCGGUGGCAUGUUCUUCGCGGUGCCUCACGGCGUCCACGCCGUGCGGCUCGGCAACGACGCCUCCAUUUCCCAGAACAUCACCGUUAAGCCGGGAUCCCUCUACGCGCUCACCUUCAGCGCCACCAGAACGUGCGCGCAGGACGAGGUGCUGAGGGUCUCGGUGCCGCCGCUCUCAGGCGACCUCCCCAUUCAGACUCUUUACAGCAGCACCGGUGGUGACACCUACGCCUGGGGAUUCAGGCCCGGUAACAAGACGGUGCAGGUGAUCUUCCACAACACGGGGGUUCAGGAAGAUCCGGCGUGCGGGCCGCUCUUGGACGCUGUGGCCAUCAAGGAGCUCUUUCCUCCCAUGCCGACACAUGACAACUUAGUCAAGAAUGGUGGCUUUGAAGAGGGCCCUCAUGUGUUCAAGAAUUCCACGACCGGCGUCCUCCUCCCCCCCAAGCAGGAAGACAGCACAUCUCCCCUCCCUGGCUGGAUCAUCGAAUCCCUUAAGGCCGUCAGGUUUAUCGACGCCGCACAUUACGCCAUCCCGUCCGGCCAGUUCGCCAUCGAGCUUGUGGCCGGAAGAGAAAGCGCGAUCGCCCAAGUUAUCAGGACCGCCAGUAACACCACCUACAACCUGAGCUUCGUGGUAGGCGAUGCCAAGAACGGUUGCCAUGGAUCGAUGCUGGUGGAAGCCUUUGCCGGCAAUGGGACAGCGAAGGUGUCAUUCCAGUCGCAGGGAAAGGGUGGAUUCAAAGCUGCAAGCUUGAACUUUACGGCAACCGGGAGCAGGACACGGAUCACGUUUUACAGUUCAUACUACCACACUAGUGUUAGUAAUCCGGGUUCCCUUUGCGGGCCUCUGUUGGAUCAAGUUAGAGUUUACCCUCUCAAAGCUUGAAUCUUUAGAUGUCGCUGCUUCGCUUGGAGUGUUCUGUAGUGAAAUCUGUAACAUCCGAGGAAGAAUCUUAAGUUUUUCUAGUAAUCUAAAGCAUGGAUCUUGUCUCCAGGGCACUUUUGCUGA